AUGACUACUGUCAAGCCAAUCGUCGAAGAGCGACAACACCAUUCGUGGGGUUUAUUGGUGCAAGGAAGACCUGCUACUCCUUCGGAGGGUAGAGCUCAGCAAUACACUAGGAUUGGAUCGAAAGAUACACAGUCACUUAUCACCCACAAUAAUGGAACUUGCUUGGAGUUCGGCCCUUGGGACUUGGUCGAUGAGUUCGAUGCUACCAAGCCAUUCUAUCAACAAAUCCUUUUAAUCGAUACCACGAUUAAGGAUAUCCAAUCGGUCCGAAUUCGCCAUAACGACACUGUUGGUGACGAUGUCGAUGUCUUCAAGGGCUUUCGAACCAUUCCUUACACCGGUGAGCGCCAUCAACACGUGUACCCAAAUGGCGAGACCUACGAACAAGUACCGAGUUACUACGCGAGAGUUGAAAAUACACCUUCCAUGUACUCAACAUCAAACAAGUCAGAUGUGAUCGGCGAGGCACAUCCGGGCCUGUCUUCUGAUACCAGGUUUGGCGUUUUGGUACCAAGCCAGGACCGAAGCGCAGGGCGUGGUGGCAACACGCACCGAGGAGGCUCCGAACGUGGCAGAGGCAACCAGCACCAUGGUGAGCGUGGUGGCUACGCACAGCAUCUAAAUCGCCGCGGAAGACGUGAACAGCAGUUUGGCCGUGGCCAGGGACAGGGACGUGGUGAUGGAAGAGGUGAUUGGCACGGUACCUUUCGUAAUGUUGGUCGGGGCGGACGCCACCAUGACAAUGGCAAUCAUCAAGCGUCUUUACAAGAACGUGAGCCAAUGAAUGAUCACGGAAAUGAGCAAGCUUGGGGAAACGGUCGUGGCGAAAACAGUUCCAGCUAUCGUCAAGAAGCUGGCCAAAUGUAUCAAGAUUACAAUGAAACUGAUCGCACCUAUCCUACUUUCAGCGAAGAUAAUCGUGCUUAUCCAACUUACGCCGUCUAUAACCAAGUUGAGAACCAUUAUAUGGGACAUAACGGUGAGGAGUUUGCUCAUGCUUCUAUGACAAGUGGCCCACAAGGUCCUGUCUACCCGGUAUAUGAGGAACAUUAUCCCGUCGCUCCUCCACCAAAUGCAUUUGUAAUGGGCAUCAACGGACAUGCAAACCCUUACUUUGUCCCAGUUGGCAUCAAUGGAAAUUCUUACGCUGCUCCUGUCUUUUACCCAUACUCUCGCAACACAGCCGAUGCUUAUGAAUAUGCAAAUAAUCAUCAAAUUUUGCAUUCACCAGAACCAAUUGAGAACCACUUGAGUGGCCGUUCUCAACACUUCAUUCCUGGUCAAGAAGUUGGUGUUGCUGUUCCUAUGGGACCUGAACACAGUCGUGCAAAUCCACGUCCUCGUGUCGUUUUACCACCAACGACGCCCGGCCUACAAAUGCAUGCUAGAUCUUCCGCAGAGUCUGAGGGAUUUCUGGGUGCCACCAUACAACCGCCAACCCUUUUUGGUGCUACACCAGGCCGUUCACCCAUGAGAACUACCACGGACGAAGGCUCGCCACUCAUGCGUCCUCGACGUCAUGCGACUGAUCCCAAUCUCUCUUUCACUCCUCUGACUCACGGUCGCUCAACCUCAGGAUCUGGUACAGAUCUACGUCGCUUGGCAACAGGCAACUCCGGAUUUGCAAUUGCCGAGGCAAGAGGCUCUCCUAGUGCUGGUGCUUUUUCGCCAGAAUCACCACACAAUAACAACUCGACAGCUAGAAGCUCCCCUGGCCUUUCAUUCUCGACACUUGGUGUAGUUGGUCCCAUGGCAAGAACAUCGUCUUCCCAUGAAUUGAAGUAUGUCGGCUACACUAUUCAGGGUCAACCUGGAGUAUCUUCUGGCUCUGGUUCGCGUACGUCUACACCAAUUGCCAACCCGGGUCGCCGUUGGUUCGAGGCUAGACAAUUCGUCCCAAGUGGCAGUAGAUUGUCCUCUCCUGGUAUGGCCAGCCCCGGACCUGGCAACAGAGUCUGGGCAGAGUCAAGAUCGGAGAGCGGACAGAUGUAA